AUGAACGCCUACUGGUACAUAUACAUGCGCACCCGGGGCAGCGACCUGUCGAAGCUGAUCGGCGAGGAACCCAUGAAGCGGCGGUACAAGACCUCGGCCGAGGAGGCGGCGUGGGAGUACCAGGACGUGGCGUGGAGCCCGCUGGUCCGGCUCCUCGGCGGCAGCGGCGGCAAGGCGUGGCCGGCCGACGAGGCGCGGGAGAAGGCGGCGGCGUUCGCCGGCGUGCUGGAGGAGAGGGUGAGGAAGCACGGGGCGGAGUACAAGAUCCCGGACGGCGACCUCCGGGCGCAGAUCAAGGCCGCGGUGACCAAGGCCGUGCGCGGCGCGUACGCCGGGUUCGUGAAGGCGAACGAGAAGGCGGUGGCCGGCGGGAGGCGGGAGCUCCUGCAGGUGGACGUCGUCGAGAGCAUGGUGAGGCGGGUGUUCGAGGAGAUGGGCGACGCUGAAGCCGGCGGCAAGAGCAUGGGCCGGACGAGGAGCAGCGGCCGGGUACGGCGGGAGAGCGGCAAUAUCGAAGGGUUUGAGGCCAACUGA